AUGAGACCAAAAUCUGUGACCUUGCUCCUCGUCAUCGCCACCUGGCAAGGGAGAUGGAGCUGGCUGGGGCCGCCAGGGCCGCAGGGGCCGCAGGGGCGCCAAGUCCCGGCGUCUCGAGCAUGCCUCGUGGUGCCAGCGCAGUUGGUGGAAAGAGCUUACCGAGAGCUCUCAGAUGCCAACUGCCUUCCGAGGCGCUGGCACCCAGAAGGACGAUAUGGAAUUCCUAUCCAGGUGGCGGAAGACUCCCAGCAACGGCUCAUACCACUGUUGGCGGAUGCUCUUCACAGGCUGCCCUCGAGCUUGAGUGCGGCGUUGAUGGCUGGCACCGUGCAUCUGAGAGCACAGGAGAUCCCGUGGAAGGCGCCAAAGCAGCGGGUCCGCCCUAGCCUGACGAGCGAGCUUUCGCUCUCGGCUCCCGCAGGACGUGGGAAGGCUGUGAACUUCACCUUUGCGGAGCUCUUCGCUGGCAUCGGAGGCUUCCGGCUUGGACUUGAAAGCCUCGGAGGCAACUGUGUCUUCGCUUGUGAGAUCGAGCCCUACACUCGAGACAUGUAUCUGCAUAAUUUCGGCAAUGCACCUGCGGUGGCGGGUGAUAUCCAAGAGGUUCAUGCCUCAGCAAUACCUCCGCAUGACAUCUUGGUCGCCGGCUUUCCGUGCCAGCCGUUCUCGGCAUUAGGUACCCAACCGGCCUUCGACGACGACCGUGGUCUUCUUUUCCGUGAGAUUGUGCGAGUUUUGGAAGCUUCCGGGCCCAAGUUCUUUUUGCUGGAGAAUGUGCCCGGUCUGCUACGCUGUGACGAUGGAAGGGUCUUGGAAACCAUCAGGGCAGAGCUGUCUCAGGCUGGCUACGACGUGCUCGUGGAGACCGUGAAUGCUAAGUCGCUCACAGCUCAGGCGAGGAAGCGGGUCUUCAUCAUCGGUUUUCGAACAGAAUCGCAACUGGCCCGCAAGUUUCAGCUUCCACAUAUUCCCGACCUCUGUCUUCGGGCAGAGGACAUCCUUGAGACAGAGGAUGAAGUCAUGCGAAGUGGCUUGCUGGAAGACUACACUCUCACCGACGAGCAGUUUCUGCGCCUGCAAGGGUCGGCAAAAUGGGCCCGGCGUGGUGGCAUGAGCAGUACCUUGGCGUGGGGUGACAAGGUAUGUGCCACUUUGGUCGGCCACUACGGAAAAACACUCCGAAAGGGAAACUCGCAGCUGGUGCCACGGAAUGCGCCCUUUAAGCCGCGGCGCUUCACACCCCGUGAGUGUGCACGGCUAAUGGGAUUUCCGAACAGCUUCAAGCUCACGGAGCAAGCAGAAGGACAGUCACCGGGAAUGUGGUACCGGGCCCUAUACAAGAUGUUCGGAAACAGUGUGAGCCCCCCGGUGGUGGCGGUGUUGGGUGGCGCGAUCCUGGCCUCCGAACAGUCCUCAGACGCCCCCCGCGAUCUUGGGAUUGCUGCGGCCCUGGGUUUGGCCUUGGAGGCCAUGACACCCAGACGCCGACAGCUACUGGAGUGCCGUUUGGGUGUGUCAAAACUCUACAGCAUCCCUCGAAGCACCGGCAUCUGUGCCUUGAGUACAGGCAUUAAUAAUGUCGCGGCCCGAUUAAUCGACCCCUCCCCCCCCGCCAACCAAAAUGUUUUGGCUUGGGAUCCGUGA